UGUCACUUGAUCAGCUGUUCAACUGCUGGAUGUAAUCAAUCAAUAAUUUUCUGAAAACUGUUGCUCAGUUUAGUGUUGGUAGAUGUUGGAUUAAUUAAUUAAUUAAUAUUCUGUUUAUUCCUGCUAUUUUUGUGCUUAAUUGCGAUAUUCCUUAAAGAAGAGAUUAAUUGGAAGAAUUUAAGGUUUAUAGAGUAUCAGAACCUGUUUGUUAAGCAUGGAGCUGCUCAGAGAUAACGAAGAAAAGGUGAUGUGUCCCUACAACGGCGCCCAUCACAUCCGAAAGUCCCGAAUGGAGGUUCACUUGAAAAAGUGCCGUUUAGCUUACAGGGGCGCCAACAAUUUGGCGAUUUGCGACUUUAACGCGGCCCAUCGGAUACCCGAGCAAGAGCUCCAGUACCACCACGACAUGUGCCCGGACCGUAAGGUCAUGGAAAUCCACGUUUACGGGGAAAAGGACGUCGCGACGGUCGGGGCGAACGUCCGUCCCCCGGUACCGGUACCGAUCGACGACUCUUGGGACGAGGUGGAAGUACCCACGUACGACCCCCGAAAGUACUGCGAAUCGAACCGGGUGCUGCGACGUAUCGAUACCGAGUCGGCGUCUAUCAGGAGGGACUUUAGGAUCGCGGAACGGCACCGGAUCAACAAUCUGGAACCCCAUCAGGAAGGGGGGGGGUCCACGGAGGAACCCAAGAAACCACCGGUUGCCGCUAUGAAGAGCCUUCCUCCGACGAGAGCGUUUUCGCCUUCCGGGAAUAUCGAAAAUACACCGGAAGCGAUUACGGAAAUGAUGGCGUCCUUGGCGAUGAAACCGACGGUUGUCAUACCGACGACUAAGAAAUAAGUCGCGCUUACAUAACCUUAAUGUUGACUAUGGACAUGAGUAAACUUUCGGUUUUUUUUUGUUUUAGGUUUUUUUACAGUAAAUUGGACUUGAUUUUACUGGUUACGACACGAUAAACGUCUGUGGGUUAAUGUCUUUAUUAUUUAACUACAUUUCUAGUUCUGUUUGUAUCUUGUAAGUUGUCUAUUAUAAAGGAAAAUAAAUGAAUAUGUUUGUUGAA